AUAUUAGAUGGAUAGUUGAAUUAGCACACAAUACGUUUAAGACCAAACUCCAAGUAAGGAACAUCAAUGCAGCUGCAAAAUACACCAUUUAUUACCGCCCUUCACUCCUCAUCCCCAUUUGCCCAUUCUUUUCAAGGAAAGAAAAGUCCCAUAAAGUAGAGAGAGAGAGAGAGUUCUAUCUCCGACAUUUACCAGAUAACAGAACAGCAGCAACACACGCUAAAGUAAAAAAAAAAAAACGCACAACACAAGCACUGUCGGCACACGCACAGAUCUGCUGCAGAAAGAUUUGCAUCUGUGGUCUCAUCAGAUCGAUCAAAUCUGAUGAGCUCUUCAGAUAAACGCCGCAAGAGAAAACGUAUUCUGAGACAAUCACUCUCACUCUCGUGUGUAAGAUCUGUCCUCCUCUGCUUCAGCUUCCUCACACUGCUCUACCUCUUAUCCUACGCUCUCCCCUUCACUUGUUCCGCUUUCCGCCCCGUUUUAGUCGUUUCUACCUUAUCCUUGUUGUCUUCUUCCGCUACCACAACCGCCCACCUCUUGGACAUUCAGGAUAGGGUUUUGUUCCCCGAUCAUGUCCUCUUGUUGCUCACCCGCGCUAACAAAGACGGCGCUCGUGAAUUGGAAUGUCUUUAUUUUAGUGAAAGUGAUUUGAUUAGAGGUAGGAAUCACAGUGGUGUGAAGAAGGUGCUGUCCAUAGAUGAAUAUGAUGAGUUUAGGAUGAUAGUAAGGUGCCCUCUUCCAUUUGGGAAUUAUUCGGGUGAGGUGAAUUUGAGGUGGCAUGGUGAAAAUGGCAUUUCUGAGCAAGUUAAGGAUAGUUGGUCGUUGAAUAAUUGGGACAAUUUGGCUUAUGCAGCUGCAAUAGAUGACACCUCUGUUGUUGUGUUUGUGAAGGGAUUGAAUCUGAGGGCGGAUCGCAAGUCCGAUCCCAGCCAAUUCAGCUGCCAUUUCGCAUUAGGGAAAUGGAAGAGGACCAAGGCAUUGACUGCUGCUCAGGAGGUUAUAAGGUGCGCGUUGCCACGGAGCUUGCAAGUCCGUGGCAGCAACGCUCAUAGGGUGGUUGAGGGGAUUCGCGUCACUAUUGGCAUGCAGCAGCAGCUCGUGCCAUCUGUGGCCAAGGUAUCCAAUUUGGUGUAUGAAUCGAGGAGGAGGGAGGGUGAGGGGAAAUACGAGCUGUGUGUGUGUACAAUGGUGUGGAACCAGGGCUCAGCCAUUCGCGAAUGGAUCAUGUACCACGCAUGGCUCGGGGUGGAGAGAUGGUUUGUGUACGACAAUAACAGCGAUGAUGGGAUAGACGAGGUUGUUCGACAGCUUGAUCGUGAGAACUACAACAUCAGCCGGCACGUGUGGCCGUGGAUCAAGACUCAAGAAGCAGGGUUCUCUCACUGUGCAGUGAGAGCAAAGGAUGAAUGUAAAUGGAUUUCAUUCAUGGAUGUGGAUGAGUAUUUCUACUUGCCCUAUUCAACUCCUAAGCACCAGAGGUUCAGGAAACUAGGGUAUGCAGGGCAGGGUUCGCUGCGUACCUUAGUGGCCAACGUGUCGUCGUGGUCGAGCGCCAUAGCCGAGAUCCGGACAUCCUGCCACAGCUUCGGGCCGUCAGGGCUGAGCGCGGCGCCACCACAGGGAGUCACCGUGGGGUACAGCUGUCGGCUUCAGAGCCCCGAGAGGCACAAGUCGAUGAUCAGGGCAGAUGCACUCGACCCAACCCUGCUCAACGUGGUGCACCAUUUCCACCUCAAAAAAGGUUUCAAGUACCUGAAUUUGCCGGCAACUGCAGCCGUCAUCAAUCACUACAAAUACCAAGUGUGGGAGGUUUUCAGAGCAAAGUUUUACAGAAGAGUUGCUACAUACGUCGCGGAUUGGCAACAGAACCAGAACGAGGGCUCACGUGACAGAGCACCGGGGCUGGGGACGGAGGCCAUUGAGCCGCCCGAUUGGCCACAGAAGUUCUGUGAGGUUUGGGACACAGGCCUUAGAGACUUCGUUUUGGCUAAUUUGGCUGAUGUUAACACCGGUUUGCUGCCGUGGGAGGCACCGGCCGCUCAGUAAGUGCACCCGCCUCUUGUAUAGUAGAGAGAAGAUCACACUCAGUAUUCAUUUAUAGUUUUCCUAUUUGUAAACUUGUGCUUUUGGCAGAAGAUCAGAAAAGGCCAUAGAUUUAGAUACAGAGUCAUAGAUAGUGAGGAUGUGACUUAAACUAUAGCUUUCUUAUUGAAUGGAUCCACUGAUUCAACUCCUCA